CUGGGAUAUAAGGAAAAGAUGGGACAAGAUAUCAUUGAAAUAGCUGGAGUGGGAAGGUGGCUUAUCUAAUACCUAACUUGUACCUUCAGUCCACUAGCUGACCUCAACAUGCCUAUGUUCGCAACUGCCUUCUUGGUAUGCUCUUCUCUCGUCGUCUUCUUGGAUGCUGCAAGUUUGCCUCCUUACAUAAAGAAGUGUAAGAAUGACAAAACAUUAAACGAAUGCAUCUUGAAGAACUCCAAGGAAGCAAUCAAGGGACUGGUUAAAGGUGAUGCUAAAUUAGGAAUUCCAGUCCUGGAACCUCUGAAGGUGGACAAGAUCGAACACACCACCAGCGCCUCCAGGAGUGUAUCAUUGAACUUCACGCUAUCUGAAAUAAACGUUUACGGUAUUCCAAAAUCAGAAUUAGUCAAGUCAGAGUUAGACACUUCAAAACACAUUAUCAAGUUUAAUUUUAAAAUACCACAAUUGAAAUUAAAGUGUAAUUACAAUUUGAACGGAAAAUUCUUGGUUGUUCCAGUAGUAGGAAAUGGAAAGCUAACCUUAACAAUAGACAAUGUCUUUGCUACAUUCUCUACUAAUUAUAACCUUGUGAAAAAGAAAGGUGCUGAAUACAUUGAUUUGGUCUUGCCAGCCAAACUUACAUAUACAACAACCAAAGUCAGCCCUGUGUUUGAAAAUCUCUUCAAUGGUGACAAGAACCUAGGAGACAAUUUCAACCAAGUAGUCAACGAAAAUUGGAGAGAGUGGGACUCCCAAGUAGGGCCUGGAAUCGCAGACGCUCUGGGCCAAGUUAUAGGUUCCAUCUUGAAGAGAGCUACCAGUGCAGUCCCUUACAACGAUGUAUUCGUUUAAGCUGUUUUGUUUUUAUCUACUGGAUAUCUAUAAGGCUAUGGUCACCAUGCAGCAGUAUUUUUAUUUAAACCGAUUGCUUGUGUGAACCCUUAUAAAUUAAACAUAAUAACUGACCUUAAUAUUGUGUUAUUAGUAAUCAUUCCUUCUUCCAUGAAUUGUUCUGUUUUUCAGUUUAGUACAAAGAAGGGUGUGCCACAGCGCAAGUUAUGCAAUCAUAAUGUUUAAAAGGAGCACAUUUUAUAUGCUAUAUAAUAUGAUUUUAGUUCGGUUUCUAGGCGAACUUUUAAACCAGAAAAAAAGGGAGAAACUUACCCGAACCAGACAGCAGCAUAUAUAAUUGUUUAUGAAGUACAAUAAUUCUAAAUCUACUUUUGCUUGUACUGUAUUUAAUAAAGGAAAGCAAUACAAUUUAUUGAGUGAAGGAGUAUGCGCGAUUGACCUUGUGAGGGAAUAGGCACCACUAAUUGAGUCUUUUUUUUAGUAUUUUUUUUAUUUUGAAUAUAAAAGGCAAACAGUUACUUUGGUAAUUACUUUUAGUUAUUUUUUCUUCUGUUUAUUUUAUAUUUGUAUGUAUUAUAAAUAUAUUGUGAAUAUGGUCUUACUUCACCAUAACUGUUGUCCAUGUGAAAGAAUAUUACUCAAUAAAUAAAUAUUUUUACUUUACUGGUUUGGGUAGUAACUAUUAGGGCACCAGUGAUGGACAUAGUGUAUGCAAUGUUUGUCAGUUUUGCCUUAUUCUACCAUAAUUAUUAUAGUUAUAAACUUCUCCGUUGGAAAUUUAGAAUCUCUUUUUCCUAUUUAACACUUUAAAAUUGAAAAAAAAAAAAAGCAGUCUUGCAGGUAUAAUCUCCAUUUAAAAAAACAUCAUUUUACACUAGUGAUGGACACCCUAAUAUUCAAUUGUUCUAAUAAUGGACAGGGGGUUGUUACCAGUUAUAGACAUACCUCAGAAAAAUUCUAAAAUCUGUGUUAUUAAGAUAACGAUAAAGAUACGAUAAAAUAAAUGAUCAACUUACUCUUAGCAAAUCUUAGUAGGGAGGUAUGAAACAGACUGAUUUCAAGAGCACUAAAGAAACAAACUGAGGAUAAUCAAACCGACCGUCAGUUGUUGGGCCUCGUCCUCCAGAAAGUGUAGAAGAGAGGAAGUAGUCAUCACACGCCUCAGAAUUGGACAUUGCCGGUUGACCCAUGGCUACCUGAUGGCAAGGGAAGAUCCACCUCACUGUCAACUCUGUAAAGUGGCUCUCACAGUGAGCCAUAUCUUUGAGGAGUGUCCUCGCUACAGGAGAGAGAUGGAUGGACGUGGUGUACCUCGUCAGCUCUGUGAGGCACUAACAGAUAACGAACAACGUAUCGAUAGUACCAUUGAAUUCAUUAAGAACAUAGGGCUAAUUCAAGUAAUCUGAACUAAAUUAUUUUUUCUCACAAAUUUGCAAUAUAUUGACUUUAUUUUUAUAUACUCUAUACUUUUUUUUUUUU